AUGCCGGGCACAAAACACUUUCAACAUGUGAUUGAGACCCCAGAGCCCGGCAAAUGGGAGUUGUCUGGGUAUGAGGCAGCCCUGCCAAUCACAGAGAAGUCAAACCCACUGACCCAGGACCUCGACAGAGCAGAUGCCCAGCAAAUUGUUCGAUUGCUGGGACCAUGUGAUGCUGAGAUCUUCCAGGAGGAGGGGCAAGUCAUGCCCACAGACCAGAGACUGUAUAGUGAAUCAGUUCUGACCACCAUGGUCCAAGUGGCUGGCAAAGUGCAGGAAGUGCUGAAGGAACCUGAGCGGGGGGUGGUGGUGCUGAGUGGAGGGGGAACUGGCAGGAUGGCGUUUCUCAUGUCAGUCUCCUUCAACCAGCUGAUGAAAGGUCUAGGACAGAAACCUCUUUACACCCACCUCAUUGCAGGCGGUGACAGGUCUGCGGUGGCAUCUUGGGAGGGGACAGAAGAUAGUGCCCUGCAGGGGACUGAAGAACUGAAGAAGGUGGCUGCUGGGAAGAAGAGGGUGAUUGUCAUUGGCAUUUCAGUGGGACUCUCUAUCAUCCAUGGAGAUGCUGGUGCCCAGCCAGGUGCGGGGAGCUCUGCUGACUUCACCAUUGGAGUGGGCCUCUUGAUGAAGCUGAAGGCUGCCUGUCGCUGGAAUGUUCCAGGGAAGGCUUGUGGAUUCCUCAAGAGCGGCUCUGCACAUGCAGUGGUGAUCCUGGGGGGAGGGGCGGCCGGGUGCUUUCUGAGGUCCUUUUCUCAACUCCCAGAUUCCAGGCUUGUAGCAUUCUCACCAUCUCCCCACAUCUCUCUCUCUGUGGGCCCAGGAAAUGACCCCAUAGAAGACUGGAGUUCCACAUUCCGACAAAUAGCAGAGCGCAUGCAGAAGCUGCGGAAACAGGAAGCUUUCGGGCUCAGUCUUCCUGUUGGGCCUGAGGGCCUCAGUGGCCCUUCCUGGAUGAAAGGUAGAAGCGCAACCAAGAUCCUGCUGGAAACCUUGCUACUGGCCGCCCAUAAGACUGUGGACCGAGGCAUCGCAGCCUCUCAGAGGUGCCUUCUGGAAAUCCUACGGACAUUUGAGUGGGCUCAUCAGGUGACCUGGAGUCAAAGCCAGAAGAUCACUGCCCUGAUGAAGCAAGCCAGCACCAGCCUGGAGAAAAAAGGCCGCGUGUACCUGGUUGGCUGGCAGACCCCGGGCAUCAUGGCCAUCAUGGAUGGAGUGGAGUGUAUCCACACCUUUGACUACUGAGAUGUCCGCGGCUUUCUCACUGGUGAUCACAGUGAUAUGUUUAACCAGAGGACUGAGCUCCUCCACCAGGGGGGUCCCCAGUUCUCCUUCUCCCAAGAGGACCUCCUGACUUCCAUCUUGCCAUCCCUCACAGAAAUCGACACCGUGGUCUUCAUUUUCACCCUGGAUGACAACCUCAUGGAGUUGCAGGCGCUGGUGGAGCAGGUGAAGGAGAAGACGGCCCACAUCCAGGCCCUGGCGCAUAGCACCAUGGGGCAGACCCUGCCAACCCCUCUGAAGAAGCUCUUCCCCAUCAUCAGCAUCACGUGGCCACUGCUUUUCUUCGAAUAUGAAGGGAACUUCAUCCAGAAGUUCCAGCAUGAGCUAAGCACCAAGUGGGUGCGAAAUACCGUGAGUACAGGGACCCAUGUGCUUCUUGAGAAGAUCCUCCAAAACCACAUGUUAGACCUGCACAUUCGCAACUCCAAGCUCUCCUGGAGGGCUCUGGCCAUGCUGCAGAAGUACACGGGGAAAAGCUCCGGAGCUCCCUGGAACCUUCAGGCUGUAGGGUGA